UGUGCUCCACAUAUCGAUGUGCUAUACAGUUCCUCCUUUCGAAAGCAAACGGCCCACUGCUAACGGUUAUUGAAGAAACACUGAAAAAGUCAAGAGAGUUCUACAUUUCUUUUUCGAAAACUCAACUACUAACAUUGAACUUUCUUCCAUCAACGAUUAGCUCAGAAUUCUCAAAUUUGUGAUCCAAUGGGGCCAAGUUCUUCCUUGUUCUUCCCAUUCUCUCUUCAUUUCUAAUCUUUGAGUCAAAGCUGUCUUGUAAUGGCUGUAGUUCCCUUGGUAGAAUGAACACAAUUAGGUUAGGGUUUCGUUCCUGCCAUGGCAUUGACCCAUAUGACUCUGAGCCUCCCUUCCUUCUGUGGUUGUCGCAGUAUCGCUCUCGAGGAGCAGAGAGACUCGAAUUUGGGUGUUUCUGUCUCUCUUUCGGGCACCGGAAGUGUCAUCUCUAGACUCCAAAACGGGGUUUUUCGCGAAGGUCUCCGGUCGAGGCAUAGAGGUGUUAACCGGCAUGGCAGAUUGAAUAUGACCGAGUUGCAGACGGUUGAGAAUGAUCAGAUUAGGACUGGUGUUGAAAUCCCUGUUACUUGCUAUCAGAUCAUUGGGAUACCUGAUAAAGCUGAGAAAGACAAAAUUGUCAAGUCAGUAAUGGAUCUGAAAAGUGCUGAGAUUGAAGAAGGGUACACCUUGGAUGUUCUUGUAUCUCGGCAGGACCUUUUAAUGGAUGUGAGGGAUAAGCUUCUUUUUGAACCAGAGUAUGCUGGUAAUGCAAGGGAAAAGAUCCCACCUAAAUCUUCGCUUAGAAUUCCAUGGGCUUGGUUGCCUGGUGCUCUUUGUCUCCUCCAAGAGGUUGGAGAAGAAAAGUUGGUUCUAGAAAUUGGCCGAGCAGCUCUUCAACAUCCAGAUGCUAAGCCAUACAUUCAUGAUUUGCUUCUGUCUAUGGCACUAGCCGAGUGUGCAAUUGCUAAGAUUGGUUUCGAGAAAAACAAAGUAUCCCAAGGAUUUGAAGCCCUUGCUCGUGCUCAGUACUUACUCAGGAGCAAAAUUUCUUUAGGGAAGAUGCCACUGUUAUCUCAGAUAGAAGAAUCUUUGGAGGAGCUUGCACCUGCUUGCACAUUGGAGUUACUAGGCAUGCCUCACACACCUGAAAAUGCAGAACGCAGACGGGGUGCAAUUGCAGCCUUGCGUGAAUUGCUCAGGCAGGGCCUUGAUGUGGAGACAGCCUGUCGAGUUCAAGAUUGGCCUUGCUUUUUGAGCCAGUCGCUGAACAAGCUUAUGGCUACAGAAAUAGUAGAUCUUCUUCUAUGGGACAACGUAGCUGCUAUUCGCAAGAACAAGAAAUCACUCGAGUCACAGAAUCAAAGGGUUGUAGUCGACUUUAGUUGCUUUUACAUGGCCAUGAUAGCUCAUAUUGCUGUGGGGUUUUCAAGCAAACAAACAGAGCUGAUCAACAAAGCAAAGACCAUCUGUGAGUGUUUAGUAGCAUCAGAAAGUAUUGAUUUGAAAUUUGAGGAAGCACUUUGCUCUUUCCUUCUUGGGCAGGGAGACGAGUUCGAGGCUAUUGAAAAGCUCCGGCAGCUUGAGAUUAAUUCAGGUCCUGCUUCACAAAAUUUUGUUCUGGGAAAAGAAAUCAAAGAUGGUUGCACUGUGAACCCCUCAUUGGAAAUAUGGCUGAAGGAUGCUGUACUUGGUCUGUUUCCAGAUACACGAGAUUGCUCUCCUUCUUUGGUCAACUUUUUUGGUGGUGAAAAGAAGUCACUUGGUACAAGCAAGCACAGUAAAGGAACUCCCCAAACUAUGCUUAGUGGAAGCCAUAGAAAAACUUUUGUUGUUGCGCCUGAUCCCAUAACUGCUGGAAAACCUCUUCAACAUUUGAACCAUACACGACACCUGGGUCUGGCAGUAAAGCAAUUGGCUCCGACUAACUCAGAGAGCUCGUUAAUGGGAAGCAAGAAUGCUACUGGAGGCAAUACUGCAUCUGUUCAACUGAAGAGAAACCUGGGAUCACACCAUAAGAAAGUUUCGGAAAGCUGGUGGGUCUCAGAUAAUGUGGUUGCGAGGAUCAUGUUUUCUACGAUAUUAGGAUGCUUUGUGUUUGCAACCUUCAAAGUGUUCGGAAUGCAGUUUGGGCAUUUCAGAAGUGGGUCUAGGUGGAACUCCAAUAAACCAAAGAUGGACAUGAAUUACCUUUCUUGGACCAUAAAUCCUUCUCUGGAUCAUCAUGCAGGUCCUGCCUGUAUUGAUGGGAGUAAUAUUGGCAGAAGACUCGGAAAGCUGUUCUUGAUGUUUAGGAAUCAGUUUAAGAAUCCCUUUGGUGGGGGAACCUUUCAGAGUUCAUGGCCUGCUGAUGAACUUUGUCCCUUACAUGAGGCACAAAACAAGAAACCAAUGCCCAUUGAAGAAGCUGAAGCCCUAGUUAAACAAUGGCAAGCCUUCAAAGCUGAAGCUCUUGGGCCCAGCCAUAGUAUUCUGAGCCUCUCUGAGGUCCUUGCUGAAUCAAUGCUCUCUCAGUGGCAGGAUUUGGCUGAUGCAGCAAAAUCUAGGUCUUGUUAUUGGAGAUUCGUUCUGUUGCAUUUGUCUAUCUUGAGGGCUGACAUUUUUCCGGAUGGGACUGGUGGGGAGAUGGCAGAAAUCGAGGCUCUCCUUGAAGAAGCAGCGGAGCUUGUUGAUGAAUCUCAGGCAAAGAACCCAAAUUAUUACAGCACAUACAAAAUUCAUUAUGCUUUAAGAAGACAAUGCGAUGGCUCAUGGAAAUUCUGUAGAUGCCACAUCCAAACUACAAGAUGAUUCAUCCUAAUCAUGAACAUGACUGUUAAGCAGCAGAGUUAGUUCCCUCGGCUCCCUUAUUUAUUGUGUUAUCACUAUGCUUUAUUGUGAAUACUUGGGGGCAUGGAACUUCUGAGUCAAAGGAUAAGAGAGUGUUUCUGUUUCAUCUUGGAAGCUGUGUAUAUGAUGGAACACAAUUUAUUGCUCUGUGGCAUUAGUUUUCUUCGCAUCCUGGUUAAAUUUUCUCAUUCCAGGGGCAUAUCUGGUGGUGGUUGAGGUUCUUAUCAUCAGGUGGUGUUUUUGAACAAAGUUUCUAAAGAAAGCUCAGAUAUGUGAAUCUGCCUUGGAUGGGAUUACCUACAUUUUCUUUGUUUAUGAUGGACAAAUCACAGGUUCCUAAAUGGACGGGAAUGAGAGAAGUCCAUCUGGCUCCCUUGCUGGCCUAGUCAUUCCAUAGAAGAAUUUUCAUUUGAUGUCUGUUCAUACAAGAAAGAUUAGUUUUUGUGCUUGGUUUGUACGGGAUGAGCUUACAUCAGAAUGUUGCAUAAAAGUUUGACCAUUAUAGGAAAAAGAUGCAAGUGCCAUACUGUUUCUCCUUUCUUCGCAAUCUGAAAAGGCUCAUGAACAUCCCCCUCAGUUCAUUAUCACAUUUUUUUCAAGAAAGCUAGUUACGUACCCACCAGAAGCCCUUUCACCCUGGCAUCCUCUGUAGUUUCUGCUGAACUGGCUGUUCUUUUGCCACAAUACAGGUUCCUGUUGCAUCCUGGAUCAUUACAGAGACAGCAGAUUGCAGAAAAGUAUAGUUGCAUGCUCAAUCACUGUUUUGUCUAUGCCAUAUGUUGGUGAUGACUGUCUUGAUUAUUAUUCUUUGCUGAGGUUUUAUUAACCACACCGUUGACUGUUGAUAAUUUUCCAGAUCUCUGGUUUGGUAUCCUGGACUUUUAGAUAAUUUCCAGCA